ACUGCUUUUGGUGUUUGUUUUUCUCCGUUUUCGUAGGCAGUGGCCAAUAAUAUCAGGCGACGUCGACGAUCAAUAAAUAAAACAAACUGUGCUACAUCUCAACAGGGUUGCAAUUAAAUUUCUUUCGAACAACACCGUUUUCGGUACUUAAAAGCAGGUGCGCUGACUGUCAACAUAGAAAUACAUCGCAAUUGCUCUUUCCUUUCUGUCAAGAGACUCGAAGCGAAAAAGUCCGUGACGACGUUUUCAAGCAUUUUCAUAUCCUAAAUUGAAAGUGCAUCCUCCAAGGUUAUUAAAUAAAACUUAAAGGGACAACAGCAACAAAAUGCCUAAAAAUAAGGGAAAAGGAGGUAAAAAUCGUCGUCGUGGAAAGAACGAAAAUGAAUUCGAAAAACGUGAAUUGAUUUUCAAGGAGGAUCAGCAAGAAUAUGCACAAGUCACCAAAAUGCUUGGCAAUGGACGACUUGAGGCAACAUGUUUUGACGGGGUGAAACGUUUGUGUCACAUUCGGGGGAAACUCAGAAAGAAGGUAUGGAUUAAUCAAGGCGACAUCAUUUUGGUCGGUCUACGUGAUUAUCAGGAUUCAAAAGCUGAUGUCAUCUUAAAAUACACACCGGAUGAAGCGAGAAAUUUGAAAACAUACGGCGAAUUCCCCGAAUCGGUACGCAUCAACGACACAGUUACAUUCGUUGAAGAUGGUUUUGAUGAAGACAUUGAAUUCGGUGAUGAGAUCAGUUCUGAGGAUGAUGCUGAUUCUGUAGACAAUAUAUGAUUAACAAGAAAUAAGCGCGAGUCUUCAAAUCAAAAAGAAGAUGAAUUAAGUAAAAUGGAAAUUUGAAAAGUUUCCAUUACACUUAAAAAAAA